UAAACGUUACGACUGUUUUUUAACUUUUCUUAUUUUUAUACAAUUUAACACAAAAAUUUUUUUGUUUUUUUUUUUUUUUUCAAAUCUUUAGUUAUUUUUAUAUUGAUGCCACUAAAAUAAAAAAGGCGAAUAACUCCGAAUAAUGAGCAGAAUGUUUUCUGAGGGAUGCUUGGAUCGAUCGCAGGAGGUGCUUCAGGCGCAGUGCAAUCAAAGUCAAGCCGUUCCUACCCUGGCUCAAAUUGAUGCCUGCGAUUUCAAUCCGCGUCCGAUGCUACUUUAUACUUUCGAUGAAAGUUUUGAUAAUGGCAGAGCUGUUUGUUGCCGGGAGUGCGCCGAGACGGAUUUCUUAGAGGACUACUUCAAGGACAGUUGCGGCAGGAAACGUCGCAAGCGGAAAUGUUCAAAGCCGAAACCGUGUUGCAAGUCGAGCAGGAAGCGCAAAAAGCGGGGAUGCAAACGACGUCGCAAAGCGAAAUCGCGUUGCCGCACCAAGCGCAAGCCACGUUGCUGCCCCAGGCGCUGAUAACGCUAGCGAACGAUGCAUGCAAUCUUUGCCUGCCUCAUAGGUCCCUAUAUCUGUGUGGGUCAUUGUAUGAACGUUGAAAUGGAUUAAUGUGUGUAUGUAUGUAAGGGAGCAAAACAUCAAAAUUUCGAAUUGUUUUUUAAUUUGUGUGCGUGAACAAUGUAACAAGUGGGUAGAAAAUAAAUAGAAAAAAUAAUGAAUUUUAAAGAUGUAAAA